AAGAUUGUGGCAAUACACAAAUUAUUUGUGAUAAGCUCGCCGUCAACGUUCCAUUGCUCUUGAGAUAGUAGGUUUCUCGUAAUACAUGUACAAAACAAACUAUGGUUUUACAUGAGCAGAGAAAAGUUUCGAUCUAAUGCAAACACUAUAUUACUUGAUGGCCUAGCUGUAUCCUCAAAAAAACAGGUGAUUAUAAAGCUAUUAAUGCUGUGAUAAUUUGGAUUCAUUCGUUGGCUAUUCUCUCUAUAAUCAUUAAUCAAAUUGAAACAAAUUCUCAUCAUGAAAAUCACGUCGAUCGAUAUAAAAGAUGUCCGGUUUCCUACAUCAAAGAAGGGUCAUGGAACAGACGCCAUGCAUACAGAUCCGGAUUACUCUUGUGCUUACGUCAUCAUAAAUACAGAUACCGAUUACAAAGGGUAUGGGAUGACAUUCACUUUGGGUCGUGGAACUGAAAUAGUUGUAGCUGCGAUCCGAGCUCUUUCUCAUAUCAUCUUGUUCCAAGAUCAUGAUACAAUAUUCAAGAAUUUCGCUUCAUAUUGGAGAAAAUUGACCAGUGAAACUCAACUCAGAUGGCUGGGUCCCGAAAAAGGAGUAAUUCACUUGGCUACCGCAGCUAUUGUAAACGCUCUAUGGGAUUUAUGGGCUCGAAUCGAAGAAAAACCUGUUUGGAAACUACUAGUUGACAUGGAACCCGAGCAGCUCGUUUCAGUCAUCGAUUUUCGAUACAUUUCAGAGGUUAUAACAAAAGAAGAGGCAAUUGAAAUAUUGCAACGCAACGUAGAGGGAAAAUCUGAUCGUGAAACUUUUCUUCGAAACAAUGGUUAUCCUGCUUACACGACUCAAGUGGGUUGGCUAGGUUAUUCAGAUGAUAAAGUGAAAAGUUUAUGCGAAAAGUAUCUUUCUGAUGGCUUUACUGGUUUCAAAAUAAAAGUGGGUGAAAAUGUAGAAGACGAUAAACGUCGAUGUGGAAUCGUCCGAGAUGCUAUUGGAAGUGAAAAUUAUUUGAUGAUCGACGCUAAUCAAAGGUGGGAUGUUCUUGAAGCUAUUGCGUACGUUAAAGAGCUAGCUCCGUAUAAACCACUAUGGAUUGAAGAACCUACAUCGCCGGACGAUAUCCUAGGACAUGCAACGAUAUCCAAAGCUUUAAAACCAUUUGGAAUAGGAGUAGCUAGCGGAGAAAUGGUCUCAAACAGAGUAAUUUUCAAACAACUUCUUCAAUCUAGAGGAAUACAAUACUGUCAAAUCGAUUCCUGUCGCCUUGGUUCCAUAAACGAAAAUUUAGCUGUAUACCUCAUGGCAAAAAAAUUGAAUGUACCGGUUUGUCCCCACGCCGGAGGUGUCGGCCUUUGUGAAAUGGUCCAACAUUUACAAUUCUUCGACUACAUCUGUUUAUCGGCGACCAUUCAACCCGGGCAAUUCAUCGAAUACGUUGACGACGAACACGAUCAUUUCACAACCGAGAUAACAAUAUCAAAUGGAAACUACAUGCCUCCGGAAGAGCCAGGUUACAGCGUUCGUUUCAAAGAAGAAAUAUUUCAAGAAUACGAAUACCCCCGAGGAACCAAAUGGUCAACAAGAUAAUCAUAGAAUUCAUUCUGUGUAAAAAAUAAUUUAAUUAAAACCGUCACGCGAUAAA